UCCAAGGAUAUCUCAGAUUCUCAGCUCGGUCCAAGCGUCCAAGUCUUUAUCUACUUCCAAGUUCCAAAGUUACUCUUUCACCUCCUAAAACGGGUCUGUAAAACCUCCCUCCGUCUCUCUUCACUCUCCCCUAAUUCUGCUUUCUUCACUUCUCCACUUUACUUUUGCAGUAAGAGGCGCCUUUUAACGCUGCACUGCAUUUGCCUGCAUCUAUGUCUGUCUUCUUCAUCUAGCUGAUUUCCUUCCUGCGUUGUUCCAGUAGGAAGAAGAAAGGUGCAAAGUGAAUUAUGGUUAAUAAUACAAAGACAUCGAAGAUUUGUAUAGUACCUAGCUUUGUAGGUGAUUGCCAAGAAAUCAAGGAGUUGGCAGAGGUUUCAGGUGGUGUGAAUUUUGAGGUUCAGCAAGCUUAUGAAUCACACAAUACAGCAACCUCAUUGGGGUUGGAUUCGGAUUCGGGUUGGGGCCAGCAUUACAAGCUCGGUCCAUGUUUUAAUUCACCGUCUGUAGAAGAAGAUAACAAACCUGUGGCUGCAAGGUUGUCUAAAUAUUACCCUUCUGAGAAAUCUAAAAUUUUGGUGCAGAAUCACUCAAGUUUGGUUUCGUGGCAUAGUUGGUGCAAAAAUUCCAGCCCGAUUGUUGGAUGGCAUAUUCCAGAUGAAAGUUACUGUAAUUGGGUAAAGAAGUUGGAAAAGAGACUUGGACAGAAAUGGCGAGACCUCAGAAUCUAUGAAACCAUUAUGCUGUCAACACGUCUCAUUUCCUUUGAUGGUCCUCUCAUGUCUGCUCUCAUGUGUUUUUGGGACAAAAGUUGCAACGCUUUCGUCCUUCCUGAAGGUCUGAUGGGCAUAACAAUGGAGGAUGUGGUUGCAAUCACCAGUUGUUCCCCAGUUGGCAUUGAGUUAUCUACAUUAGGGACUGACCUGCCAGAUGCGAAGAACACUUAUCAAGGGAUUGGUGUAUCAAGUUAUGGCAAUUUUGUGACUAGAUCUAUGGCUCUUAGAGAUAAAGAACAAGAGGAAAUGGCUUUCUACUUGUACUGGAUAUGCAAGUUUCUUGUUUGCAACCGCUCAGUCAUGGUUUUGAAGGGCUUUCAAUGCGUGGCUGAAACCAUCUUUCAUGCAAAGAGUCCAUUAGCGCUUGCCCCCUUCUUACUCGGCCUUGCCUAUAAUUGCCUAGGCAACAUUCUCAGAUCAGAUUUCAGCGAACAUGUGAGUGGGCCUCUGUGGCUAGUGGUGCUAUGGGCGCAGGCUUAUUUUAAACCUAUUGCAGCUAGGAGCAUUGCUGCACAACUUCCAAGCCCAAGGCAACAGCACUUUAAUAGCAUAUACUCAUAUGGGGAUUACAUAAUUUUCAGCCAGGUGCAAUGCGAGAAAACUUUUGAGGAAUGUUUCAUCUAUUUGACUGACAGCAGAAGGAAACGCCAAGGAGAGGAGUGGAACCCAUUUCUUAAUAGGGAAUUUGGUGCUGACUGGUUUCGUACUUUCACACUUCAUCAGAAACACACUAGAGAUGAAAAGGAUGCGUGGAAAGCUGUUCUUGUUGCUCAGGAUCUACCAGCAUAUUUUAGCCCUCCUUCAUUUUUUCUUGAACCUUACUCCCCAAACCAGUUUGCCAGGCAACUUGGACACCUUCAAUCAGUUCCUGUCCCAUUCUACCAAACUAUCAACCAACCCUGGCAUUCUAGGAACACUGUGGCUCCUAAUGUUCUUAAGCAUGCAGAGAAGGACUAUUUCACCAGAAAAUCCGCAAUGUCGCAUGUUCAUCAGAUUCAUUGGUUCCCAUCUUCAGACCAUGCCUUCAAUUCUUGGUGGUUAUGGUGCUGGGAAAAUGUUGCGUCAUAUCUCUCUGAGGCUCGGAAACAUUUUGUUUUGAAGUUUGGAAAUGGUCCCAGGAAGACACGUAAGAAACGACGUGCACGUACUCAGAAGUUGCAAAGAGUUCCAAAACGUAGAGAAAAAAUGGUUUCAGCUAUUUUAGAAUCAUCACAAGGAGUAGGAAAAGUAGGGAUGGAAGAGGAAGAGGAAGAAUCAUUGUCAUCAUCAUCUGAUGAUCUGCCUUCGAAUACAGAAGGACAAGGAAAACAAGUAGAAGAUGAAGAAGAAGAAUCAUCAUCAAAAGAAGACGAAGAAGAUGUUGAUCUGCCUUUGACAAAGUUGCGACAUCAGAAGCCCUCUGCUGAUGAAAACGACAGGACACUAGAAGAGCAUUCAUCCUCUGAAGAUCUUGUAAACACCGAGCAUCAUCAGGAUGAGGUUGGAGAAAGCGACACCACUCCUCAACAGAACCAUGGCGAAUCUGUGAACGUUGAACAGAAAAGAAAGAAGCUUAAACAAUAUAUGGACAUGUCAAUAGAGUCCAUUUUCGGGACUAAUCAAUUGAACAGCAUGGAGAGAACUGUUGACACUAUCUAUCAUCAUUCAGGUGAUGCAUUAGAGACCCCCAUUCUGGGAGAUCUGAAGAAACAACUGACUGGUCUCAAGGAUAAGAUCCCGUCUCUUUUGUCUUCAAUUAACUCUGCCGAAGCUGAAAGAGAGUCUCUUCGCAAACAAAACCCUGAUCUGCCAACAAAGCUGAGCCAAGUGAAACUGGCAUUACAAGCUGACGAAUCAAAACUUUCAGAGCUGACAAGUGAAGAAGCUAGACUUGAAGUUGAAAUCCGAAAACUAAUCGAGAAGAAAGAAUCAGUUCUUUCUCAGAAAGCAUCAGCUGCAGAGAGUGUUGAGAGGAGAAAGCAGAAAAUGGAAGAGCUGAAGGAUAUCGAGGCAAUCAUCAAGAAGGCAGAGUACAGUUGUUUCCAAAAGCGGAACGAAAUGAGUAAAGUAAAUGCAACCAUUAACGUGACUUUGAUGGAUGCCAAAAGGGUUUUGUUCAAAUGAUUUGUUCCCCUUUUAGAGCUAAUACAUGUAGUAAAUUGUGAACCUUGUAGUUCUUCUUGCCUUCUUAUCAUUUUUGGGAAUAGCAAUUGGUGUGCUGUUGUGACCA